UGCCAGAUGUCAUACACAUCUGUCAACGUGCAAGAGAUCUGGCAGCCUCGUUGGAAUACCAUAUGUUAUAGUCAUACACAAUUCGCGUCAUACAAAUUCUGAUUACAAUUGUAAAUAAGUAAUGGAUUUCGUAUGGAUGCCAGCUAAAAAACGAGCUCGCAAACCUCGUAAAAUAGAACGGGAAUGGACGCCAUGCGAUGUGAAAAUGUUGAUUCAAUUGGUUGAACAACGGGAAUUGUUAUGGGACUCGAGUAAAGCGACACACAAGGAUGGCAAGAUGCGCGAAAAAUCCUUUCGCGUUAUCGCCGAAGCUAUGAAUCGCUCUUUGUCCGACUGCAAGGCCAAAUGGGAUAAUCUCCGAGCACAAUAUCGAGGCUAUAAGCUGAAAGCAAUUCAAAAUAUGUCGAUCAAAUGGCAAUACUUUGAGGCCUUGCGAUUCUUAGAUAAAGUGUGUGAACCCCAAAAAUAUAAGAACUCUUCAAUUAUUUGCAACGAUCCAUCAAUGCUCAAGGUUGCCUUUGGCCAGAGUCACGAUCAAUACAUGGAAGAACUGAACACCUGUUCUAGUUUCUUCUCUGCUGCUAGACGAAGAGAAAGGAAGGAGGAAGACUUACAGUCGGUGCAAUUUAGCGACGAUACUAUGAUGGCCAAAGCAAGAGCUGCUCAAGAACAAAACAGCACUUCAGCGCAAAUAUUUGGCGAUUUUGUGGCUGAUCAAAUGCGCAGUCUGCGACCACAUAUAGCUGAUGAUUUAAAGAAAAAUAUAUUAAAAUUGGUACUUGAAGCACUAGAACAAAAUAAGCACUAGACGCCUAGCAAUACAACAUUUCCAACUAAAAUAAUUAAGUUUAAUAUACAAGUAUGUUCUCUUAACAAUACAAAAUACUAACCACUUCGAAACUCGAAUUCAAUUAAAAUUUGAU